ACCCAAAAAAGAGGAAGAUGUCGUUCCUAAUGAACCACGCAGGCGACAAAGAAACGCAAAAAGCAUCGAAAAGCGUCAGGAAGAGGCAGCUGAUAAUGGGAACACAUCCGAAGAAGGAGUCGCUAAAAAGAUAGAGAACAGGCGAGGAAUGCCACUAAGAAGGCUGAAAACGAAACCAGUAACGAAGCAAGAGGCAGAGACAGACAAAGCAAAUACAGAAGUAAAUCGAAAAGGCACCAAGCAACAGGCAGAGACGGAUAAAGUCAAUAGCAGUGCAGAAGUUAAACGGAGAGUUGGCAGACCUAAGAAGUCCAAGACACCGACACCGCAGGACACCACAGAGAGUAAGAUAAAGAAGGAGAAGCCACCAGAGAAAGAAAAAGCGAAUACUAGUGCAGUGGGUAAACGAUGGGUGGGCAGACUUAGGAAGUCCGAAACACCAACAGGGGAUGACGACCCUAUAAAACCAAAAGUUAGUAGAAGUGAGACACCACCCACUACAGGAAGGAUCACUAGGAGGAAUACUGCCAAGGAGGACCCUAAAGAAGAACCACAAUCCAAAGCUGCUGCAACUCGGGAAUUCGUUGUUAGGAUCAAAAAAGAUCAACAAAGAAAGUCAAGCUCUGUCCCUGAAGAGGAAAGUGAUGGACCAACUACCAGUACCGCAGCAGCUGCAGCAGCAGCAGCACAACAGAAGGAAAUGCCUGGAAAGAAGGGAAGAACAAGGAGUAGCCAAGGCACAGGCCCAUCGUCUCAAGAGAAUGCCCUCAAAGCCAUUAACCAACAUGUGAGGAAGGCUAAAGGACAAGGAAAAAUCAAAAUAGCAUUCUCGAUGUGUAAUCUAGCAGAGUUGGCGUCUGUUCUGAAGGCCUUAAAGCAUUCUGUGGAGAAAACGGACGAUCCACUGAAUUGCGACAUCCUCAUCAUGGACAAGGGUGAUCGCACGUACAAAUUCCUGGUGGGAAUGGCUGCAAAUAAACCGAUACUGUCCAGUUCCUGGCUUCAAUCCAUGAGGGCAACGUCCCGUGCAACCGUGGAGGCGGAACAUCUCUUCUCCGAUUCCAACUUCGAAAAGUUGUACAAAUUCGAUCCCCUAAUGGCACUGCAGCAUCCCCAAUUGUUGAGUGGCUUAAACUUUAUGCUAUGCGAGGGUAUCCAACCGAAUGAAAAAGAAAUGAAAGCCAUCAUUGAAAGUGCUGGUGGCAGGGUGUACACAAAGCCGCCUGUGCUGGAACAUAAGCUGUAUGUCAUAGCUGUGGCCAAGGAUAUCAACCGACACAAGCGACUCUUGCGUAAUCAUUCCAAUGUCCAGUACAUAACCACAGAGGGCAUCAUGAAGACCCUGGUGCAGCAUAAUCUGGCGCUGUUGAACGACCCAAAAGUACAAAUUUGAGUCUCAUUUUCGUAAAUAUUUUUUUGUUCCUUGUUUUUUGUGGCCAUACUCGUAUACAUAUAUAUAUAUAUAUACACAUAUAUUCCAUGUUACUUUAUUUGCAAUUACUAAAUACAUCAUAA